ACGCAGCAAAGAGGUAUAAAAAGAGUCUCCUCACAGUGUACAAAUGAACAUCGCUGCUUAAAAGCUGAAUCGCUUCACUAGCUCUCAGUUUCAGCCUUGGUAAAAUAUGUCUGGAGGUCUGCUCUCAGUGGUCGGUCUGCUGUGUCUGCUGUCCGUUUGCUCGGCCUGUUACAUCUCUAACUGCCCCAUUGGAGGAAAACGAGCCGUACAGGAUUGGCCAUCUCGACAGUGCAUGUCAUGUGGUCCUGUCGAUCGUGGUCGGUGUUUUGGUCCCAGUAUCUGCUGUGGUGAAGGUAUCGGCUGCUUGGUUGGCUCUCCAGAAACACUCCGCUGUCUGGAAGAAGAUUUUCUUCCUUCUCCAUGUGAAGCACCUGGAAAAGCUUGCGGUUAUGAGGGACGCUGUGCUGCUUCCGGGGUCUGCUGUGACUCAGAGGGCUGCAGUAUGGAUCAGUCGUGUGUGGAUGGAGACGCUGACGGUCCAGCCGGCAGCACCCAAGAUCUUCUGCUAAAGCUGCUACACCUCUCAAACCACGCCCACCCCAGACUCCACCAAUGAAACGCUCACAGAAGAGUGACAUCAUCUCAGGAGGAGCCGCCCACCAACCACAAUGACUCACCACCUACUUUUUGUAAACCAAGUUUGUAUAGCCGCUAGAUAUUUGUAUGGCUAAUACAUAGAAGCGGAUAUUAGUAGUGCUGUAUUGAUGAUAGCUGCAGCUAUUAAACUCUGUUUAAACUCUGAAA